UCGAGGGGUUCAAGUGCCACGCAGAGGAAAACUCGGGGAAAACUAGGGAAAAAUGCGUGCUCCCGGCGGGGAUGUUAAAUCAAUAGUGGUGCUGGCGGCACUGGCGGCGCUCCUCGUUGCCCCGCUAGCGGUUCUGGGGAGAAAGCAUCACCUGGAAGUUCGGAAUGACCAACGCCAGUACAUCGCACUCAGCACCUUUGGCUUCUACACCAACGGCCAUUUGGAUGUGCAGCUCAGCAAGCUGACGAUCGACGAGGAGCAGCCCACUGAUUUGCUGGGCCUCUCGCUGGACAAGACCACCAUUGACCAGCUGAAUCCCUACCUGGACUCGCAUCAGAACAAAUGCAUUCUGGAGGAGUCGCCCAAGUCGCAGAUCAGCGGUCCCAUUCUAUUUUUCGUUUUGGACCUCAAGGAGCUCAAAGUGCGCAUCAAGUGCUCCCCCGAGUGGGCCAACAUGCACAUCUACAACCAAAUCCCCUCCAGAACCAAGCGCAACUCGCGCAUGGCCAAGAUCAGCGAUUCGGUGCUCUUCCGCACCACUCGCGAUGUCCAGCAACCGUACUCCGCCGAGGGUCCCGACGAUUCCAUGGAGGAUCCUUUGGAUCCGGAGCCACCGUCUGAAAUUAAAUCCUCUUCGCCCGCUGCGGUGGCCGGUAAAAUUGAGCUGCCCAAGGAGGAGGCUCCUCAGGCUGCCAAUCUGAAUGCUUCUGCCAAGCCGGAGGUGCCGGCUGCCGAUAAGAAUGAAGGGGAGCCUGAAGAGGUGCCCGUUAAAAAGGAGGAGGUGCCCGUUAAACCAGCGGAGGAAGCCCCAGCAAAACCAGCAGCCGUUGAAGCGCCCAAAGUGGCUGCCCCACCACCACCACCAGCUGCUCCCGUUCAAGAUGACACGCCGCCAGUGGAGAACAAAAAUGAGGAUACCGAUUCGAAUCCCGGCAAUCCCUUUCCCCACGACGAUGACUCCUCGUCGGAUGAUCUGUAUGCAGCCGGCUCCUUCAAGCAGUCGCAGGAGGAUCUGUGCAAGGACUCGACCAUGCCGCUGGUCAGGGAGACCAUCAACAAUGUGAACUACUACAGCUUCAACUUCUCCAUGCUGGUGGCCACGCCCCGCGACGAGGGCCUCUACAAUUUGUACUUUCACGCCUGUCCCAACUAUCACAGCUCUAAGAUAAUGUCGUUUAAUGUGGACAUCGAGGAGAACAACAAUGGCAACUAUCUGUCGGCCGGCGAGAUGCCUCUGCCUGCUUUGUACUUCAUGAUGAGCCUGCUCUUCUUCCUCUCCGGCCUCUUCUGGGUGUUUAUAUUGAAAAAGAGCAAGCACACUGUGUACAAAAUCCACUACCUGAUGGCCGUGCUGGUGUUCCUCAAGUCGCUCUCCCUGAUGUUCCACUCGAUCAACUACCAUUUCAUCGAGAAGCGCGGCGAGCACGUGGAGACCUGGGCCAUCCUCUACUACAUUGCCCACCUGCUCAAGGGCGCCGUGCUCUUCAUCACCAUCGUGCUGAUCGGCACCGGCUGGACCUUCAUCAAGCACAUUCUCUCCGACAAGGACAAGAAGAUUUUCAUGAUUGUCAUCCCGCUGCAGGUUCUGGCCAACGUGGCCCAGAUCAUCACGGAUGAAUCGGACCAGAGCGACGCCGAGUUCCGCACCUGGCACAACAUCUUCUUCUUCGUUGAUCUGCUCUGCUGCGGCGCUAUCCUGUUCCCAAUUGUCUGGUCCAUCCGCCACCUGCACGAGGCCUCCGCAACGGACGGCAAGGCGGCCAUCAAUCUGCGCAAGCUGAAGCUUUUCCGCCAGUUCUACAUCAUGAUCGUGUGCUACAUCUACUUCACGCGCAUCAUCGUCGACCUGCUGCAGAUGACCGUGGUGUUCCAGUACGCCUGGCUGGACGAGAUGUUCCGCGAGAUGGCCACCUACGUGUUCUUCGUGCUGACGGGCUACAAAUUCCGACCGGUCUCCUCGCAUCCCUACUUCACCGUGCCGGACGAGGACGAGGACGACGACGAGGUGGAGGUGCUCACCGAAUCCGGGCUCACGGAGACGGUUCAUCGGGUGAAGGCGCUGAAUCGGAACCACGGCAGCGGCUCCGGCGGCAUCACCAUCAUCGAGGGCAACGACGACGAGCGCGAGAAUCUGAUUGCCAAGCGGGAGUCGAGCCAUGAGUACGAUUAGGAAGUCAAGCGAACUGCAUCACCCAUAUUCCCUGCAUUAGUCGGUAGUCUGUAGUUCUACCCAGGGUUCGGAAAUUGACACACAUGUUAAAAACAUGAAAAAUUGUAUUUUACAGUGUGAGCAAAAUUUUUGACAUGUGUGUCAAAUACAAA